GAAUGAUUUGACAUUUCAAAUUAGUUCUUAGUCUGGUUUAUAAAAUUAUUACUGACUCAACUGUGUCCCUAAACUCUCUAAAAAUGCAAAACAGAUUAAGAGUUUCACAUGACAUCACAGCGAUUAUUUUUGAGCAUUUGAAGUGAGGGAAUUAUUGUAGUUUUAGCCUUCAUGAUCCACCUAAAUGUGCUGCGUCGUCAAACCCUUCACUGGGCGAUCCUUUAAGGCUAUCCGAAACCUAAUUUGGGUAUGGCUACUAUCUCUUAUUUAUAUCUAAAUGUAAUAGGCUACAGGGACCACACAUGAAUGAGUGACGUAGGUACAGGAAAUACCAGAGUCGUCAAUGCGAUUCAAGGCUCCCAGCAGAACAGUCUAGCAAAGUCUGCCUGCCACAGGGUCUCGCUGUAGUCAAAUGGAUCCUGUAUGUGCGACUUGGGCUUAAGUUGUGCAGAAAUUCAUUUUGGAUGUUCAUUUCUUGCACGAACACGGGGAAGCCAGUAGAGUAUUGCAAGAUAAUCCAAGACUCGGCGUUGCAAGCCCUGCGCUGAUGAAAACUCGAAUAAACGCGUUCCGAAAUUAUUUCGUUCUCUUCCGUCUUUUCAGGAGCUCCACUCCAGGCAGUUUACUGUAACUGAAUAUCGUUCUCUCUCUCUCUCUCUGAUCGUCUCAAACCUCGAAUUCUGUCAGGGUUGUAGAACGCAUUUGCCACAAUCAAGGUUGUCAUGGACUGUCAUCUUCACGGAUUUAUAUUCUGAUUCACAUCGGAGGAUUUUCGCAGCAGAAAAAGUGGGCGUUUUACUAACCACAUAUUGAUGGGUCAUAUUACUGGCCAGCAUAGGGACAGGAGUAAGUUUAUUCCCGUGUUUGUGAUUACAUUAGGAAACAGAAGACAUUUCAACACACUAUAAAACAAGUCUUAGUCUAUAUUUGUAUCUUGAUUGUGUCGAUCCUUUGCUUCACAGAGCUUACAGAAUGAUUACACUGAGGAUGGAUAUAUUUUAACUCUUAUACGUUGUGCCAGUGUGCUGUUGGCUAUUUGAGCCGUAAUCUGUCAUGGCUAACGAGAAACCCUACGAUAAUCGCAACAUUGUGGAAAAGUACAUCCACUACAAACUGAUGAAAAAGGGAUGUGCGUGGGACUUCCACACGAGCGAGGAAAUAGACUCAUCUACCAACGGCGUCAAGGACGCGUCUACUGUAGUGACACGGCGGUGCCAAGCAACAUCGGCUGAGGAGGAUAGCGCUCCACGGAAGGACAGAGUCGCUACAUCCGACCCACACGACGCACUUCACCGAGUUUUACGUGAGGCUGGGGAUGAACUCGAAAGAUUAUACCAGCCUGACUUUGCAGAGAUGUCUAUGCAGCUGCAUCUCACAUCCAUCACUGCGCAGCGAAGGUUCACCGCAGUGGUUGACGAGUUGUUUAGAGAUGGGGUGAACUGGGGUCGAAUAAUAGCGUUUUUCGAGUUUGGGGGGACAGUAUGCGUGGAGUGCGUCAAUAAGGAGAUGACAUCACAGGUGGACAACAUUGCUGGCUGGAUGGCCGAGUACCUCAAUGGGCCGCUUCAAAGCUGGAUCCAGGAGAAUGGAGGCUGGGAAGCUUUCGUGGGGCUGUACGGCCAACAGAAGGAGAGUGUGCUCCGCAGCUCGUGGCCGUCCAUAGUGACCAUCUUUGGCUUGGCUGCCCUCGGCGCAAUGGGCCUAACUCUGGGGGCAUACCUGGUUCAGAAAUGAAGGACACCCCUCCUCUUCUUUCCUUCGCUCCUUCUGUUGUCUCUCCCUCUCCCUCUCCCUCUCUUUCUCUCUCCCUCUCUCUCUCUCACACACAGACACACAACACACACACUCCCAUUUCCGAAGGAGCUCCCGCCCCUGAGAGAGGCUUGCCUCACUCUUCCUCCAACCUGUCUCUCUUCAAAGCGUCCCACCUCGCUCUUCCCCCUUCUCCCCCCCGC